AGUCGAUUGCGGUGUAAGUGAGUGAGUACAUUAAAAGAUGUAAGUUACUUUUGUUUUGUGAUACGUAAUUGGUGAAUGAGGUCCACGUCCAUAAAUUUGUGUAUUUAUGGGGAUUUCACCACUUAAACACAUAUCAAAUUAAUACUUAGUUAAUUUCGAUCUGUAACUGAACAACCACUUUUAUAAUAUGCGUUGAAAAUUUUAUGUGAACAUUAAAAAUUUUACAACAGUUCAGUCAUAACUCUGGUCUGUUCGGGUUUACAUCACAUUUAUUAGUCGUGAUUUUUCAUAUUUAUUUGUAAUUUUAUGAAAUAUCUUGGUUUGAGGGCUAGGGUUUCUUUCGCCGUUUCUUCCCCGGACGGAAGAACUUCAUUUUAAAACGGUAGUAGAUUAAAAAAACAUGUUGACGUUUGACAAACAAUAUUUUUAAUUUCGAAUUCUAAAAAUAAGUUUUCAUUUCAUUUUUAUUGACUUUGUGUACCUAUAAUUAACGUUACUUGUGUAUUACUUAUCCCUUACUUCUCCAGCAUAUAUUUAGAAAAACAAGUUUUUAAGGUUUUUAAACUGUUAGUGAAUAAUUUCAGAACUUAGUUAAUUAGGGUCCGUCCGCAAACCUGAUACUCCGGUUCUCUACACUCACCAUACGAAACACUGUAGCAUUAAGCUGCUAUUUUACGCUGAUGGGGAAAAGAAACGCUCUCGAGUCUCGUACAUAUCAUUGUACGCCAGUAAACCGGGUUCGCACCCCAAUGCAUCAAUAAAAUUGUCGAUUUUACGACGUGUUCGGCGGUGAAGGAAAACAUUGUGAGGAAACUAGAAUGUCUGAGAAAUAAUAAAAAAUAUAUUUGAAAGAUAUGUGACGUUCGCCAACACGCAAGCGACAGCGCGCUGGACGUUACCUUUUCUUAAAAACCCUCUCAAAGUUAGAGGAGCACGAAUCUAUUCUUUUCUUAUAUGUGUAAAAUAAGUAAUAUUUAUACGUACAUGGUAGAGCCACGCUGCAGCUGUAUUGUGGCUCUACCACAUGAAUAUAAAUAUUACAAAAUAGUUAAUAAGAGCCGUGUAGCACUGGAGAUUAGAGCUUGCCUUUACAUUUCAAACCGUAAUAUGUGCAAAGCGUUUGAUUUUCCCCAGGACCCUUGAAAUAGUAAGUUACAAUCUUACUCAAUUUUAUUUUAUGUGGUAGAGCUACGCUGCAGCUAUGUAAUGGCUGCAGCUAUCGAAUGGGUCUCCGAAUGGGUCACGAAUGGACUCCAACGGGCAAGGAACGCGCUCUCACAGAAUACCAACGUAAAAUAUCACCUUAAACGCAGUUUCUUCGUAGAAAGUGCACAGAAGUCGAGACCCUUUUCACUAGCAAGGUGACAUUCUUUGUUAGUUUAAGGGAGGUCAACGCAUCUAUACAUGUUGACUCUAAAACGAGAAUAAAGGUAAGUAUAGGCCACAGCAUCCACUUACCAUCAGGUGGACUGCUUGCUCGUCUGACAGUCUUAUUUUAUAAAAAAUAUAAAUCUUGAAAGACACUUGAAAAGUAAGUAGUAGAAAGAGAGAUAUUAGGAAAAAAGGUACAUAUCAAAAGUCGGAGUACUUUUUUUGCGAAUGUUGGCGUGGAACACCAAUGAUUUUAGAAGAACGAUCUCCAUAUGAGCAAAGCCGCGGUAAAAACUAACAAUAAUACCUGUAUAAGAUAAAUAAUCAUUAUAAUAAUCAUAAAAAUUGUAUAGAAAAUUCUAGAAUAAAACUUUUUCAGGACGCACGACAACUCGCCCCUACAUGUGAUACGCGACCUGCUCUGGACCAUACUUCUGGUUAAUUAUGAAAUCCUACGUAGCAUCUUCAAGUGGUUUAUACCAAAUAAACGUAAGGACGUCCGUGGAGAAGUCGUGCUGAUCACAGGCACAGGUCAUGGCAUGGGAAGGGAGAUGGCGUUGCGUUUUGCACGGCUCGGUGCGAAAGUAGUCUGUGUUGACAUUAAUCCGCAGAGCAAUGAAGAAACGUACAACAUGAUUACAUCUGAAUUGGGAUAUGCAUUCAAAUAUGUAUGUGACGUUACUGAUCGAGCCGCAGUAAUGGCGUUGGCCGAAAAGGUACGCAAGGAUGUCGGAGACGUGGAUAUCCUCGUGAACAACGCUGGCAUUAUGCCUUGCAAACCGUUCUUGCAACAGACCGAGAAGGAGAUUCGCUUAAUGAUGGACAUCAAUGUCAACGCUAAUAUUUGGUUAAUUCAAGCUUUCCUGCCAGCGAUGGUGGAGCGCAAUCACGGCCACAUCGUGGCAAUGUCAUCGAUGGCCGGUCUUAUGGGACUCCGAAACCUGGUGCCUUACUGUGGAUCAAAGUACGCCGUGCGGGGCAUCAUGGAAUCACUUGCCAUUGAACUGCGAAGCGAACCCAGGGAUACCAGUGGUAUCAAAUUCACGACAAUCUGUCCGUACAUCGUCAACACGGGUCUCUGCAAAAAGCCUCGUAUCCGUUUCCAGAGCCUCAUGAAAGUUAUCGAGGCUGGUGACGCCGCAGACAUCAUUGUAGACGCCGUUCUGAGGGAUUUACUGGAAAUCACUAUUCCUACUAGACUUUACUACUCUAAUCGAUUUGGGUAUCGCUUGUUGCCGCUCACGGCGGCGGCAAUUUUCCUCGACUUUUUCGACACUGGUGUUGAAGCACAUGACGAUUAAAUAAUAUUUAUUUAUCAAACAGAUAUUUGUUGAAUAUAAAUAACGUUAAUGACUAU